AUGCUUGACCACGUUGCGGCUCUGUUGAAGAUCCCAGGUGCUCGUAUCGCAUUUGGAGCGGAAGAGCUUGAGAACCACUCGAUUCCCAAGAUAUAUGGUGCGGUAAAACCCACUGCUAUAUUUGUUCCGCUCGAAGAGUUUGUCAAGACGGAGAACUUUGAGCUUGUUACCACGGAGAUUUUUGGUCCGUUUCAGAUCCUGACUGAGUACAAUGAUAACGAGCUGCCCCAAGUCCUGGGUGCUUUAGAGCGCAUGAACGCUCACUUGACUGCAGCUGUGGUCUCGAAUGAUCAGAACUUUGUAAGCGAAGUGCUUUCAGCGACGGUGAACGGCACGACCUACAGCGGCAUUCGUGCAAGAACUACGGGUGCACCGCAGAACCAUUGGUUUGGCCCAGCUGGUGACCCGUGCGCUGGCGGGAUUGGUACGCCGGAGGCAAUUAAGCUUGUGUGGUCCUGCCACCGUGAGAUCAUCCAUGAUGUUGGCCCUGUGCCGGCUAACUGGUCGAUCCCCGAGGCUACUUGA